AUGGUGACAUCACAGUAUUCGAAACUUCAGAGAUUAAGAAUCGACUUCGAGUAUUGCCAGCUACUUAGUCUCACCAAUUGUCGAGAGCUAGUCUCAUUGCAGCUGGCAGGCUUUUCGGAGACCAGCGCUCUUCACACUGCAGAGGUUUUGAGUGGAUUGAACUCACUGGACAGCCUUUCCAUCAUCGGACCUCCCAGAGGGCUGCGAAUACGACCAGGUCCUGGAGACCAAAGCAAAAUCGUCCAGUCUAUUGACCAUCAUGUCCUAAAUCGAAUCCGGCCUUUGAAGCGCCUAGUGAUCAAAGAGGGAGCCGACGCAAAAUUUGGUCAUGUCUUUCUCACAACUAGGAUGCUGGGGAGCCUGUACGACCGCCACAGUCAAAGCCUGCGCAUGCUCUAUAUAUCCUCAAGUCUCACACCUGACACGGCAUUUACAACGUUCCUGGAAGUACUACUCAUGGAGGCCCCGAAUAUCCGCGAACUCUCACUCACCUGGCCCUCCAUGCAAGUGGCCUUUGUCGAAUGCGUUCCUGCCUCCGUACAGAGACUUUCACUCCUGGUGUCUUCACACACUGAAGCUCAGGCCUUCGUCGACCGGCUGCAAGCCAUUCGGUAUCGCCUGCCAUAUCUCAGACACAUCAGGUUCGAAGUCAAGAACGCCCAUAAUGGAACAGGCAACGCACCAGUCAUGGCACCGUUUGUGCUGCCAUCGCCAGUCGACACGAUUGAAAAGCCACCAAAAUACACCAUUCCGUUCCCAUUCAUGCUCCCCAUCCAAAAUCUGUGCUUGUAA